AUGGCGGCCGGUCGCGACGCCUCGGGGGGCUCCUCGACCGACGGCGACCUCCUCGACCUCGACGGCGACCUCAUCGACGGCGACCUCCACGACCUCGAGCGCGACCUCGACGACGGCGACCUCAUCGACGGCGACCUCCACGACCUCGAGCGCGACCUCGACGACCUCGAGCUCGGCGAGGAGAUCAAGGUAACAGAGGACUCGCCCGGGCGGCGGGAGGCGCGGAAACAGUGGGAGGAGAAGCGGGCGGCCGAGGGGUACAACACUGACUUGCUGCGGCGCUUCUCGAGGUUCGCGCAUUUUUUCUUCAGGAAGUGCGUCAAGCUUGACGCCAGCAUGAAGCUGGCCGACCCGCUUCAGGGAUGCCACUACGGCGCGCUGUUCGGCAAGCUUGCGGACCUGCUUCUGCGGCAGUUUGUGCGCCGCAGCAAGGACGCGGACCCUUGCCUGGUGGACUUCUGGACGCGCGCUCCGCUGCUUCUGCCGAACGGCCCCGGCGGCAUCUCGGCGUUACAGCUUGCGACACCGGACCGCCUGACGACGGCGUCUCACAAGGUCGCCAUCGAGCAGGGCGACCUCGCCUUCACGGCGCACGCCGUCAACGUUUUUUUCGGUUCGAACCCGGACCUGUUCGCGCGCGACGCCUCCUCCUUCAAGGAGAUGGCGCUGCGAGCGCAGGACGAGAAGCUCAAGGAGAUCCUGAAGAUCCUGCCCAACCCGUACGCGGUGCUGCUCAAGAAGCGACCCGAGACGCGCGGCCUCCUCCUGCACUACGUGUGGAAUCGGCUGAGUUCUUGCGACCGUGGCGACCGGCGGCAGCUCGCCAACGCGGGGACGAACCGCGCCAAGAAGGCGAAACAGGAGGAGAAUGCCAAGGAGGCGAAACAGGAGGAGGACGCCAAGGAGGCGAAACAGGAGGAGAACGCCAAGGAGGCGAAACAGGAGGAGAACGUGGAGCCGGUAGCGCCGUGGGCCGCAGACGUCCGUGCCUGGGUGGACGCGCUCGUGGCCGGCAACGACACCUGGGUGGACGACACGAUCGCCAACGCGCCGAUGAUCGUCGGGCGCUUCGGGGCGGUGGGCGACCGCCGCGCUGGUGGGCUCUACGCGCUCAGCUUCGACGCUCGCGACUGCCGGAAGUUGCACUCGGAGCGCGACAACCUGCGCAAGUGCACCUAUGGGUACAACGCGUUGAAGUUCACGGCGGACGAGGCCGAGGCCGAGCUGCGCAUUCCACAGAUGCUGCAGAGCCUCGCGGAGCACGUCACGUCCGGCGACGAGCUGGACCCGCGGCUGGCGAAGCGCAUGGAUCCGCCCGGCGCGGGCGCACCGUACCUGCGCGCCGCUGGCGACAGGGCCCGGGCGCGUGACGCGCAGGGCUCCACCACCGUUACAACCGUCAAUCUGCAGGGCUCCACCACCGUUACAACCGUCGACGCGCAGGGCUCCACCACCGUCACAACCGUCGACGCGCAGGGCUCCACCACCGUCACAACCGUUCACGGCGAGUCGCUCCGUGGCUGGAUGUGGGACGAGGCAGCCGUCGCGGAGGCCGUCGCGGAGGCCGUCGCGCAGGGGAUCUUGGACCCGCACGAGAAGGAGGAGUUGGUACAGAAGUACCGCGACAUGGUCGCCGCCUGCGAGGAGGAGCUGGAGGCGUACGACCUCUACACGAACUUGGGCGGUACGAAGAGGGCUGAGCGGCUGUCGCAGUCGCUGGGUCCCGGCUGGUGCGGGUGCCCGCACGACGGGCGGUGCAUCAAGCGCCACGGCAAUGCCCACCUCAUGCCGAACGGGCGGCGGGCUCCCGGCCACAGCCAAUGCCUGCCGCUGGCCGGCGAGCCCGAGUCCGCAACAGAAACGGCACUCAAGGCAGCCAUCGAGGCGGAGCUGAUGUGCUGGAGGUGCCUGAGGAAGCGCAAGUACGUGCCGAAGAGCAAGGCUGGCGCCGCUGCCGGUGGUGCGUCCAGCGGCGAUGGAGACGGCGACGGCGACGGCGGAGGCGGUGGAGGCGGCUGCGGCGGGGGCGGUGGAGAUGGCUGCGGCGACGACGGCGCGCCGGGCACAGAGCGCGCGAGCCCGAUCCGUGGCGACGACGGCAGCGGCGAAGGGCCCGAGAACAAGGUGUUGAUUGACGGCGAGAAGGCGCAGCUGGACGGUGCUUUCGGGCUCUGCCGCAACUGCUACUACCGUUGGAGACAGCGGGGUAGCAACCCAGAAACGGAGACACCUACGGUACAGACACAGCUCGGAGAAAAUGACAUGAAGACAAGGGAGGGCCCCUGUCCGCUCCACGCCACGUGCGACGGAACGCGCGGGAAUCACGGGUGGUGCCAGAUCAGCGGCCCCCCCCUGCGUACCGAGGAGGUGCAGCAACAGCUGCGCGCGACCGUCGUCUGCGCCAACCCCGAGUGCCCGUACCACGAGUUCGCUGCGGCCUGGCCACUAGCGCACAUCGGCAUCGCGAGCUGCGCCCACGGGGCCAAGUACUUCAAGCCGUGCUCGGACAAGAAAUACAGGUGCAACCUUUGCGAAGAAUGGUUCGAGCAGCACAAGACGCCGCCGGCGAAGCCCGGCGAGUUCUGGGACCCGUCCCCGGAGAGGCCCUGCCACUGGCAGGGCUGUCCCAACUUCGGCGACUGCUCGAAGCCGACGCCGCCGAGGAGGACGCACCCGGGGAAGUGCGCACGCAGGGACUGUCAUGUGCACGCGGAUCCGGCUGAGCUUGCCAAGAGGCGCGCUGCUGCCUUCGUGCAGUAUUGCUCUUGCGACAAGACCAAGACCGAUUGCCGCUCGAACCCGGACCCCGAGAAGUGCAAGUGGGCCAGGGCUGCCGCGGUUCGCCAGGCUAAGGAGCGGGAGCGGGCGCAGGCGGCGAAGGGCGAGACCAGCGCAUCCCCCCUGCGUACCGAGGAGGUGCAGCAACAGCUGCGCGCGACCGUCGUCUGCGCCAACCGCGAGUGCCCGUACCACGAGGUCGCCGCGGCCUACGCCCAUCAGCGCCGUGGCCACGGGGCCAAGUGCUUCAAGCCGUGCUCGGACAAGAAAUACAGGUGCAACCUUUGCGAAGAAUGGUUCGAGGAGCACAAGACGCCACCGGCGAAGCCCGGCGAGUUCUGGGACCCGUCCCCGGAGAGGCCCUGCCACUGGCAGGGCUGUCCCAACUUCGACAACUGCUCGACGCUGACGCCGCCGAGGAGGACGCACCCGGGGAAGUGUACGCUCAGGGACUGUCAUGUGCGCGCGGAUCCGGCUGAGCUUGCCAAGAGGCGCGAUGCUUCCUUCGCGAUUUAUUGCACUGAUUGCGGUGAGACCAAGACCGAUUGCCGCUCGAACCCGGACCCCGAGAAGUGCGAGUGGGCCAGGGCUGCCGCGGAUCGCAAGGCUAGGGAGCUGGAGCAGGCGCCGGCAGCAAAGGGCGGCAAGAAAAAGAAGAGGAAGGCGGAGGAGGCCGGCAGCGGAGGUGCGAACGGACAUCUGCGCCGCCGUCGCCACAAGAAUGACGGCCAGGCGGGUCAAGCCUGA